UCGAUUAUCAAAGUGCGUACCGUUUAACGCCAGCUUAUCUUCGCCAGCUUAGCUAUGACGUCAGUUCUAAAAAUACAACUGAUUCGACAUGAACCGCUUGGCUGUACACACAGGAUGGAUAGCUUCAUUCAUCGCCGUCGCGUAGCAUAAGGGACUUGGUUCGAUUCUGAAGACAUGAGAACAGUGUCAGAAGCAGUCGCCCUGCGUCAGGAGACUGGAAGUGUGCGCCAUUCGGUUCGAGUUCUAGCUAAGCCUUGUGCACUCGAGAAAGUUGCUGCAAUUAUGCUCAGUGUCUGCCCUAGCAAUGUCCCGUCGGUGGAGUGUUAACGCGCUGUCCAGUGUAACUUUCCCGCGUGUCCAUCCUUGAACCGUAACGGUGCCGUGGUGGAACGUAGCCGUGUGUCGCGGUCCAGUGUACAGCCGUACCAGGUGGCGGUGGUCUAUCGAUUUUUCUUCUCGCCCCAAUUGCUGCUUACGGGUGGAAGGUGCCCAGACAAGGUUAAAGUGUAAUGAACACAUGCUUCAAAUCUAUCUCCGCGGUCAUCAUGCGCCCGAGCACGUUGGAUAUCAGAACGAACUAUCACGAUGGAUGCUACACAUUUAUGAGGGACAUUUACCGAUGUUGGAAAACGAGGACGGAAUCAUGCGAACAGUCCUGCAUCGAAGUACUCUUCGGCGAUCUACAACAGCCCUUGUCGAAGAGGCAAGUGCGCGACAUAGAGUUCACCAUGAAAACCGUGACACGAGCCGUCCCAUCCGGCUGUUUAAGCAGCCAGCAACCGACAGUAGCAUCCCUUUCGUCGUCCUUGACCGUUGCACCGAGCCAAAAUGGACAACGGUUGAGCAAUGGUCAGCAAAGCAACCAUCAGCAACCAUCGGCGGAACGGUUAACAUUCGGUGAAUUCACUGCGAUAGCAUCCUGUACGAAAUGUUUUGGCCGACAGUCAUCGUUUCAUGCAAUGCGGCUCCGCAACGGAGAGGACAUUGGAAGCGCGCUAGUGAGCAGCGAGACACAGAGCCUUGAACCAUCCGCGGGUCCGGAAGUGUUUCUUGGUGGCUCGUGCAAUCCAACCACCUGGCGAGCAGAUGUCGCCAUACCGACACUGGACCAACUGGGCAUUUCCUUCUACAAUCCGCAAGUCUCCCACUGGACACCAGAUCUGAUUGAGCUCGAACACCGUGCCAAGGAAAAGGCAAAGGUACUGUUCUUUGUGCUCGACUCUCAGACCCGUUCCACUGCCGGGGCGAUCGAGGUGGCGCAUAUUGCCGGACAGAACUCGAAAUAUUUACUGCUUGUGCUGCUGCCGUACUCCAGCAGACAGAAAAUUCUCAACGAAACCCUCUCGGAAGAUGAGUACAUGGAUCUCAUGAGCAAUCAGUUAAUUCUAAGACAACUAGUCCUGCGCCGAGGCUUACCGGUGUUGGAUAAUAUUCCCUCGGCGCUGCAACAGGUCAAGGAUGUUUUGAUCGGCAACUGUUUCCUGCAGCCCCCCCGCAAUCUGGCAUCGCGGUUAAUCUCUCUGCGCCGAACGUUUGAACGCGUAGCGCCCAAUGUGACCGACACGGUUCACAUCAAUCUAGCCCAGUGUCAGCGGGCGCUAUCUAGUUUGGGUUACCCUGAAACCGUCACGUCGAGUGGUAACCUUCAGAACAUACUGCUCUGCUACGAGGAGGUUACGGGGAGAAGCGAGCAGACCGAACACAUCAGGCACGGCCGGGUGGAGCAGAUACUUAUCAGUUUCGAGGAGUUUUGCAUCAUCGAUGCGUGCGUCUCGAUUUUGAUGCUCGACUUCUACGAACACAACUGCACAUCCCCGAUCAAGGGCACCAACCUACAGCAGCCCCCAGUGUAUCUUACGGAUUUGCAAGCAUGGAAUCAAAUCAAUCCCGAACAUUCUCCGUUCGAAAACGAUUCCUCCAAGAGCCCCCGAAAGUUUGUGCUGCCGCAGAAUGGCGACAAAGCGGUGCUUCCGCAGAACGGAAGACCGAAUCCCAGUGAGCCGAGCCAAUCACAAGAAAACAACGUUAGCAACAACAGCAGUGGCCCAGAACGAGCGGAUGGAAGCAGCGUAUCCGGUACGGUGCCGAAAGAUGCGGCGAAGCUGGCUCCAGUGCUGCCAUGCUCGUCCGUAUCGCUUCUAGAUCCGCGCGCAUUUACAUUCGAUGGCGAUGCCUUCGACGACGACGAUCCGUUGCUGGGGCGGAUCGAGGCCCGUGACGUGUACCUCGGUGGAAGCUGCUGGAUGAAAACCAGCUGGCGGCAACAGUGGGCUUUUCCGCUGCUGCAGCGACACAACCUUAGCUACUACGUUUCGGCACUCCAUGAAAGCUUCAGCUGUAGCGAGGAGGAGCCCAGCGGGCAGCAGCGUGAUCCGCAGCAUACGCUGCGCUACGACGUCGCCAUGAUUGAUGCCUGUCGAAUCGUAAUCUUUGCGAUUACGAAUGAAACGCGAUCUUUAGCUCCCAUGACAAUGGCCGCUCACUAUAUCGGUCUAGGGUACAAUGUGGUCCUGUGCGUGCAGAUGCUUACCUCGAACGAGGGUUCACCUACUGCACACAAGCCAACCUUAUCGUCAUCCGCCAUCAAGGACUACAACCGUGGGCGAGCCUACUUAAUUGAUUUAGCCAACCGGCACGGCAUUCCAGUGUACGAGGGGCUGGAGGAAACGUUCGAAAGCGUUAUCAAGCGGUUAAGGAACUGUACUGUAAGAUACUCAACUUAGCAACAUCAACCCGUACCCGAGCAUUGUGAUUUAGCGUUUAUUUUAUUGUCAUUUUUUUAACAAGUAAAACCAACCAAGAACUUCACAACUAACUAUACACUACGAGAAGAUAAUGUAAGAGAAAUAAAAAUAA